GCAUCAACUUCAGAUACCUGCAUGACUUUUUUUUUAUAAAUCCACGUGAGUUGAGGUCGUAGGUCGACAACUGAAACCGCGCGUAUAAAGAAGCGCGGCGCAUGCCGGCUCUCUAAUGUCUUAUCAUCACAAGAUGUUGGCAGUGCUGGUCUUCCUGGCUCUCAGCUCGGCUGUGAGCUCAGCUCCCCUUCAACCCGCGGCGGACGGCGCCGUGACGGUGCGCACAGACGCCGGCCUCCUCAGGGGACACGCGGCAACGUCCAUCUGGAACAGGACCUACUACAGCUUCCAGGCCGUGCCGUACGCCCAGCCGCCGGUCGGGGAGUUGCGCUUCAAGUCCCCGCGACAGGUGAAGCCCUGGACAGGGACGAGGGAUGCCACCAAGCAAGGCCCGUACUGCCCCCAGGGCAUCAUGAACUACACCACAGCCAAGAUGUCGGAGGACUGCCUCUACCUGAACGUGUACGUCCCCCAGGUUGCCCCGUCGCAUCAGCCGAAAGCAGGACUGUCGGUGCUGGUGUGGAUCCACGGAGGAGGUUUCGUCGCCGGGUCUGGGAUAAGAGACCUCUACGGACCUGACAACCUGAUGAACCACACGGCCAUCUUGGUGACCCUCAACUACCGGCUGGGCGUUCUCGGCUACAUGAGCAUGGAGCACCGCGAAAUGACCAGCAACGCCGGCAUGAAGGACCAGGUGGCGGCGCUGCGCUGGGUGAGGAGGAACAUCGCCCAGUUCGGCGGCAACCCCGACGACGUGACGGUGUUCGGGGAGAGCGCCGGCGGCAUGAGCGUGGAGCUGCUGCUGCUCACGAGCAUGACCGCAGGUCUGUUCCACCGCGCCAUCUCAGAGAGCGGGUCGGCCGUGACGAUAGGCACGAACGCGAACUACAACGGCACCCAGGCAGCCUUCCAGUUGGCUGAAGUCCUGGGGCACAACGCCUCUAGCGCAGACGACGUGGUGAAGUUCCUCCGGUCUGUCUCUGUGGAAGACGUGCUGAAGGCCCAAACACUGGCUUCAUCGCACACGACUGGAAUUACACUCAGUACUUUCCCAACGAUCGAUGCCAAGAUACAGGAAGGCAGCGAGGUGUUUCUUGCUGAUGUCCCAGAAAAGAUAAUACGAGCUGGCAAAAGCAUGCCAAUUCCUUACAUAUCAGGUGUCAACUCUAAAGAAAUGAAGAUGAUGGAAACAGGUCUUACACAAGCAUCACUGGAUAAUUACAACAACAAUCCAGAGCUGUUAAUACCCUCUGGUUUGAACAUUAAACAAGGCACGAAUGAAUCUCUUGAGCUAGGAGCGAAGAUAAAAAGCUUUUAUUUUGGAAACAAGAGCAUCAGCUACAGCACGCUCUCUCAGCUGGUUGAUGUUCUGACCGACAACUUCAUGAUAUACUCCGUCCAUAGAAGUUCUAUGCUUCACAUAAACUAUGGGUCAUCACCUUUUUACUCAUACCUUUUUACAUACGAUGGUACCCUGCGCAUUCAGUUGGGAAACUACACUGUUAAAGGGCCUGGCCACGCUGAUGAUAUGGCAUACUUGUUCUUCAUAAGUUACGUGCCUUACAGCCCCAACCAUGAUGACAUAGAGGUCAUUCAUCACUUCACCAACAUGUGGGUGGACUUCGCUACAUCUGGGAAUCCGAGCAUGCAUGAAUCCGUGAAGUGGACUCCGGCCACGAAGGCAAACCACACUUACUUGCAGAUUGAUGUGGACCUCAGUCUUCGCACCGACAUGCUGAAAGAGCGCAUGGCAUUCUGGGACCAGGUGUAUGAGACUCACGGGAAAUGACCAUCUUGUUUCUAAUUCUGAUGUUGAGACUUCAAAAACACAUUUUUGAGCCAUGCUGUUGAAAUAAAAAUGGAGUAAAAGUCUACAAUGUAUUACAUAUUUCCUACAUUAAAAGUAUUGUCACAUAAUAUAA